UAGCCCAACACUAGUCAGUGUGGAGGCUUAGUUUAUUUGUUUAUUAUGAAAUGGUGGUGAUUUCUGGAUUGUUUGUUUUGUAAACUACUAAAGCAGUGUUUGAUUGUCGUAAAUUUUAUUGAAAAUGGGAAAGAAAGCAGGAAUGCGUCAAUACACUACUUUAUCUGAAAUCGACCAUAAAAUGCAAUUUAUCAACGUAGUGGCUGUAAUCAACUCAAUAUCUCCAACAAUAAAACGUAGCAAAUUGUUUGAGGUGGUUUUGGAAGUGUCAGAUGCUACAAUGUACAAUCCAGGAUUUGUUGUCAAGUUACUAAUGAAGAGUGAAAUUCUCAGUGAGUUUUUGGUUACUGGGAAAAAAGGAUUAAUUGUAGAACUCCAAGAAAUAAAGGUAAUAAAAAAUGAAGGAAUGGUGUAUGGAGAAGUAAGAGCAAAAGAAGAACUGAAGCUUUACAAUGACAAAGCGAGUUGUAUAAAGUGGUUUUCUGAUGAGGAACUUCACCCAGUAUCUGAUGAAGUAAGAUGUUCUAUCAAAGAUUUAUCACAGUGGAAGAAAAUGCAUUUCACAGAAACUCUUACUACUGAAGACUUUACUGAUGAUUCAAGAAGAUCUAGACUAAGUAAUCCCCAGUCAAAUCAAGUAAUUACAUCCAAUGUGUUAGAGAGAAAUUCUAUGAAUAAUAUUAAUAAUUCACCAAACAUAAGUCCAGAAAAAAGGUUCACUGAUGUAAAAACACAGAAUAAUAUUAUUUUUGGUAAACGAAAAAAGAACUCUUUAAAAACAGCACAUUCGUCUGACUUUGAUCAUUCAAAAUCAGCAAGUUUAAAACGUGAUGUUGAACAAAUAAAACAAACCCAGCAACUAAAGAAAUCAGGUGGUAAAGUGUUAUCGAAAUCUAAUGUUCAUGGUGAGAGACAAAUAAGCAAAAGAAAUAGUUCAGCAGCUACUCGUGAUGAAUUUAGUAACAAUUCUGGUAUUAAUGUGAAUCCUGAACAAGAAAAAAAUACCAAGUCUAAAAGCAGUAAACACGUUAAAAAUAAUGAUCUGUCACCAGAUAGUGUAUCAGAGAAAAGCGUGUCUUCUGAGGGAAACAUAAUCACUCUUAGUAAAAUAACUCUAAUAAGAUGUGAUAGCCCAAAAAUAAAUGAAAACAUCAAAUCUGUACCAAAGAAAUCUAAAAAAUACAGUAGUUCCACAAAUGAACAGAAAGAAACUGAAACAAAUAUUUCAACUUUAAAAAAUAAUGUAAAUGAGGAAAAACAAAUUUUAGAGUCAGAGAACAUCGUAGAAUCCAGCAAUAAGUCAGUAAGAGUUAAUGAAAAAUCAUUAAAAAACAAGGAAUCUCCAAUUGCAAGAUUAGUGCUGUCAAAAAAGGAAAACUCAGGAAAAGAUGAUAGUUUAAGAUCUCCUACACGUAAAAAAAAUAUUUCAAUAGAUAAUGUUAACAAAAUUAUUGGAGAUAAGAAUGGUUCUUCAAAAUCAGAUGGUAUGUCUGACAAGUCUGGUAACACACCAAACUGUGAAAAAAAUAAUGAGAAUGUUAUCGAAGAACCAAGAAAACACCAGUGUAUGUCUGAUGGAAGUGACGUUGAAAGUGAUAAUUCCAAAAGAACUAAUCAUGAGAAUGUUAAUAAGCAACUAAGAAAACGGCAGUAUGCAUCUGAUGGAAACAAAAUUGAAAGUGAUGUUUCCAAAAGAAGUAAACAAAAUAUAAGUUCUCCGCUCAGAAAAGUCAUUAAGAAUACAAGAAAUUUAAAGAAAAAAAGUAGUAGUUUGGAAUCAAGUUUAAACUUGUCUGAAAUAUCAGUAACAAAUAGGAAGACUCCAGCUCUAAAUUCCAGUGAUUCAAGUGUUUCAAACAGUGAAAGAUCCUUUGAUGAUCCUCUCUCUGAUAGAACAGGUACUCAGGUUGUCAGUGAUAUGCAGAUCAUGAAAAAUGUUUCCAAAAAUUACAACACAUCAAGUCGUCUAACUAAAGAUGAUAAGAGGAAACUAACUAGGAGUUCAAUGACUAAAUUGAAUUCACCUUUAUUAGAUCCUGUUGAUGAGUUUGAGAAAUUAAACUCAGUUUUCCUUUGUUUAAAAUCAAUAACAAGGAAAGUAAAUUUUAAACAAGUUGAAUCAUUAAAUGACAUUUCAAUGUGCAAUUUGGAAGAAAUUGAUGUUCCUGACAAAUUUGAUCUGGAAUGCAAGGUAAUAUCAGAAUUCACUUUAAUAGAGGAUAAUAUUCAAGUAAUCAGAGUACAAGAUGGAUCACUGUCUAAAAAAACUCUAAUUAUUCCUGAGUGUUCAUCUUGGGAAGGUGUCAUCGAGAUGAUAUUAAACAACCCUACUGUUAAGGAGAAUUCACCAUUUGUUGACAUCAUAAUAUUCGACUGUCACCGGAUGGACAAAAGUAUAAAAGCCGGUGAUUAUUUUAGACUCAGAAAUGUAAUGGCAGUAAAAUUUUGUUUGAAAUUUGAUCCAAGGAUCAAUGCUGACAAAAAGGGAGAGCUAUUUUUCUGUCUUGAAGGACAGAAUUCUUAUGUAAGAGGUUUGAAUCAAACUACACGUAAUGAAAUCAAUAGGAGACUUGAAGAAGAUGGGUACAAAAGUGUUUGGAAUGAGACAUUUCAUGAUUUGAAUGCUGAGAAGCGAUCGUUAUCGCCAACUUUGGAAACAGUGAACAUUGGUAAUGACAAAAGUAUCUCAUCACCUGAGGAUUCUAUAAGAAACCAUGAACUACAUGAAACUGGCAGCCCAAAAACUAGGAAAAGAAAGUUAGACGAUUCUGAAAUUAAAAAUAAAGAUGACACUUUUAAAACACCAAAAAAUAGCAGUGAUCAAGUCGAAGUCUUAACUGAAGAAAAUAUAGAGCCACAGGGGUGUAACAUACAAGAUGCAGAAGGGAGCACAAACCAAUUAAAAGUUAACUCUACAACUUCCAGUGAUGAAACUGUACUUGGUGAAACACCAGCUUUGUUAAGAGAAUUAAGAGAAAUCAUGCAUGAAGAAUCGGUCAUAGGAAUGCCAUUAACAUCAACUGAAGAUAUACAUUUGAAGAAUACAGGAUCAGAAAUUACCUAUUCACAAUUUCGUACAGGCGCUGAUGAAAAAAUGUUAAACUUUAGAACAAGUACUCAACUCGACAGUAUUAGUCAGGUUGAGGCUGUAGUUCCAAAUAAUUGUGAAGAAGUAACUCAAACUGAGGAAUGUAGUAGAAUGGAACCUCUUGUGUACUGUCCUUCAGGUUCAUCUUUGUGUUCUGGCCGUGAAGUUUCUCCAUUAAAAGAUAAAACAGUGCCUGAAGAUCCUAAAUGCCAAGAAGAGUGUUCUGAGUCAAUAUUAAACAAUUACAAGACUGGCCAGAACCUUGAUGUGGAGUCAAACACAACUCCCUUUGAAUACUGGAAUUGUAACCGUUAAUGAUAAAAGUUCUGAUAUUAGUUCUUCUUCUUCUAUUAGAAUAAUAAGUCCCAAUAGCAGUGAGUUAGAUUUUCAAAUUGUUCGCCGUAAUAUAAUGCAAAAAGAUACAAAUAUGGAUGCAGACAUUCAACAGAGUGAAUCACAGUUAGACUCACUCAACGUGCAACAUCGUAAAAGUGCUAAAUAUGUGUCUGAAGAAGUACAAGU